AUACCCUAUCUGUGUAGUUUGUGCAUUGUUUGUGUGAUUUGUGAAAAAAUUAUGUUGCUAUCGAUGCAAAUAUUGUGCUAAAAUUUGUGUAAGAUUUUUUCGUGUUGAGUGUUUUUACAACUAGAAACGGCCAAAAUUUUCAGUUUGAGGGCUUAUCCACAGGUCCAACAAUAACAUCUCUAUCUAUUAAGCGGCGCUUGGCGUCGCCUGUGAUAAGAUGCGCUCGCUUCUAGCGUACUACGCUGAGGCGGUGAUGACGGCGGCCGCUCAGAGGGCCGGCUGCGCGCUCGGCUGCAGCGGCCGUGGUGACUGCAUGAACGGGACGUGCCUCUGCGAGAUAAGAUACGCGGGCGACGAAUGCGCCGCGCCCAAUCUGCCGUACCAUGCAUGUAUUGGUGGCGUAUUCCUGCUGGUCGCGUUCGUGUGCGCCGUCCAGCUCACUAUAUGUGUGGUGACGGAGUACCGUCGAUUAAAAGCUCCCACAUUCCUCAGAGCUUGCAAAGUUACUACGCAGAAGAUGCUCUAUCUGGUGGCUUUCCUAGCGUCGCUCAUCCGGGGCGCCUAUUUCGUGUCCCCCUCUGCAUUCCAAGAAGGAUGGGCGACCAGUCUGCUGUCUGCCUAUUAUCCGCUAUUGAUGUCAGGAUCUUCGCUCAUCGUAUGCUUUUGGGCAGAGGUUUUCCACCUCCGCGACAUCCGUUGGGAGAGACCCCGGUUCCUGUCCAAAUCGUUUCUGGCGUUUGCGACGUUCAAUCUGAUCAGCUACUCGUUGCUGGCUGCCGAGGUCCUUACUACCAACGUCGCUGACACAUCAGCUGAGAAGAAGAGUUUCUACCAGCAUGUAUUCAAUGGGUGUUAUGCUGUCCUGCUCUUCAUCGUGGUCAUCUUCUUUCUUAUCUACGGAGUUGAGGUCUACUUUAAACUUCGCGGUGAGUUCCUAAAGGAGACGAAGGUGUGUACGAUUAUACAGCCACGACCGGGACCUUCCACUGCCGCCGAGGGGGAGGAUGUCCAGGAUACGCUGGUUACCAAACAGGGCAUCCAGACGGACUUGUCCGAAGCCGACGGCAGUAUAGAUCCCCGUUCCGUGAAUCAUUCCCAGUUGCAUCAGUCCCGUGUGGGUCUCAUCAGUCAGGCGCUGAUGCUGAUACUGAUCGCCGGCUUCCUCGCCUCGGAGACGCUCAGCGAGUUCUGGAAGACCAAGGUGCCAGUGGUGUCACGCAACUGGCACGAUCUGGUCUUCCGUCUGGCGGAGAUAGGUGUCGCGAUAUGGUUUCCGUGCGUGCUGUGGAACUGUAUGGCGCCCGAGAGAUUAUGGCUCCUGAAUCCGCGCCGGUUGCUCGCCAGGCAGCUGGACGACGCGAGGCUCGCCGACCUGUUGGCCACCCAUCCCGAUGCUAAGAAUGUGGAGACGGUCUCGCUGGUGGGCAGCGUCGGUUCGUCGCGCGACUGUUGGAUCUGCUACGACGGCAGCCGGCCGGAGCCACUCAUCAGGCCGUGCCGGUGCACCGGCGACGUGGCCGCCGUGCACCACGACUGCCUGCGACGGUGGCUGGUCGAGAGUGUUGCUACGCCCGACGGUCUAAAAUGCAAAGUCUGCAACACGCCAUACAUUGUCCAGGAGACUAACAGAGUGGAGUGGGAGGUGGGAUUCACGUGCGUACACUGGGUGCGUACCGGGCUGGGCGUGGCGUGCAUGGCGGGCGCCGGCGCCGCCGCCUGGGUCACGGUGCAGCUGUUCACGUCGCCUGUGGUGCGCGUGCUCGCUGCCGGCGCCGCGCUCCUCGUGUGCUACGUGGCCGCCAGAUUCCUCGGCAUGAACACAGUGACGGCGUACCAGCGCGCUAAAGUGUCCUCCCUGAGGAUCCUAACAGAGCCCCCUCCUGAACAUUCUGCAGGAUUGGGUGGACUUUCCACCAUCAGCAAGACGGUCACAGUCGAGGUCACAUCCAAAACACUCCUCGACAGAGCAUUGAAAGGAGAAAUACAGUAAAUAGAUAAAGAGAAAAAUUGCCAAAUGGUUGUAUUAACCAGAGAACAUUUUUGACGGUGACUUGUACGGUUGGGAAACGAUGUCAAAGUGAAGAUUGUUUAUGUUCAAAGGGAAUCAACAAUGUGGCUAUUAAAUACAAUCACAGAUGCCCAUUUUGAAGCAAGGGUUGAUUUUUGAUCUAGAUUUAUUUGGACUGUGUUAAUGGCAGAACAAAGAAAUUGUGUUAUAUUAAGUGGUGUUUUAAUAAAGAAGUGAUCAAAAAUAUUGUGUAAAAUUAAAGUGGUUCAAGACAUACGUCAAGAAGCAAGUUUUGAAGACUCCCGUCGAAGCAAUAAUUUGAUAUCAUUGUAUGUAUUUGCAAUACUAGUUGAAAGAAUCGAAAACUU